AUGUCUCUUGGCGCCAAGAACAAGUUGGGUUUCAUCAGUGGUAAGAUAACAAAACCUUUAUCUACUGCUGAAAACUAUGAUAAAUGGUAUAGGAAUAAUUCUAUGCUGAGAUGUUGGCUCACCGCCAGUGUGAGUGCUAAGAUAGCUGAGCAAAUGUUGAUUUGCAAUAGUGCAAAGGAGUUUUGGGAUGAAUUGGAAGAGAGAUAUGGUCAAUCUAAUGCACCUCAGUUGUACAUGAUCAAGAAAGAACUGAAUGCUUUUGAGCUGAACAACAUGAGUGUGAGUGAGUAUUUUGGGAGAUGGAAAGGUUUUUGGGAUGAAUUGGGCAGUCUUGAGGGAUUUCCAGAGUGUACAUGUGGUGCACUAGGAAAAUGUUCAUGUGAUUUCAUGAAGAAACUCCUCGAGAGAGAUGAAAAAAAUAAGUGA